AUGUUUUUAAAACCAUUCGCCGUGAGAUCUAAUUCUCAAAUUAAGUCUUGUGAAAAGAAGCAACUUCUAAACUCAUUCUAUGAUCAGUAUGAAUUAGAUCCUACAAAUAUUUUGGAAAUCUUUAAAACAAAAGAUGUUCACCGUUUAAAAGUUAUAACUUCUUCAGAAAUAAAAGUGAAUAUCUACAAAUUUGGAAAUAUUCCUUUAAUUAUUGAAAAUGAAAAAGAACGUCUCCCCACAGUUUACCUUCUAUGGCAUCUGCCGAACCUCCUCCCACACUUCAAAGUACAUGAGAACUUAGUUUCCGUUCUAAUGAAAGGGGCUGACCUUAUGCUUCCUGGAGUAGUAACUGAUGGUCCAAUUCUUCCUUAUACAUUUAAUAAGAUAGAGAAGGGUGUUCUUUGUUGUAUCAGCACAACUUCCAACCGCGCACCAAUAGCUAUCGGGCAUACAGCUAUGUCAAACUACGAUAUGUACAUGAGUGCCGGUAAGGGGAAAGCUGUAUCCGUGUUUCAUGUUAUGGGUGAUCAUGUGUGUUCCCUGGUGUCAUCAUUCAACCGUCCCAUUCUCCCGUGGCCUAUUAUCGAUGACAGUUCUCCUAAAGCAAAUGAAGAAAUAGACAAUGUCGAUGAUGGGUCGAAAUCCCCAGUAAAUAUAUUGUCUCAACAAAUAUCAGACGAUAAAAAUAUCAGCGAAGAAUUGAAUGAUCUUUAUUUGAAAGAAGCAGUUGAGUUACAACCAUCACUUGAUCUUGAUAAAAUUCUACGGGAGUGUUUUUUGAAAGGUCUUAAGUUGAUCAAAGCAAAUCAACUUCCAAUACAAGUGAAUAUUUUUUAUUCUCAAUACGUUUUGGUGCACAAAUCUCCAUCAGUGGAUCUAGAUAUCAGGAAAACAAAAUUUAAAAAGGUUGGUCUAUUUUUGAAAGCUAUGCAAGAUGAAGGUUUCGUCGAGGUGACUGAACCGAAAUCUGGUGUAUUGAUGUUAAAUCAUAUUAAUAAAGAUCAUAUUGAAUUACGAGGAGUAACCGUUCCUGCUUCAAUAACAAAUCCUAAAGUUGAGUGUCAUUGGCCAGAUGACUAUAUGGGCCCACCCCAAAUUGAAGAUAUUCGAAUAAUUAAAGGACCUGUAACAGCUUUAUUUUCACAGUUUGGUUAUAAAUCAGGUGAAUGUAUUAGCCAAUCAGAAGCCAGACGGACUAUUGAUAACUAUGUUCGAAACAAUAAGCUUCAAUUGACUACAGAUCCGAGUUUAGUUCAUUUAGACAAAUUAUUAACGAACAUAUGUGAGCCGAAAACUUUUAUUGAAUCCCCUGAAAGUACCAUAACAAAUCCAAUUUUUCACAUUCGUUUUGGUGAUCUUAUUUCUCAAGCUUUAAAGAACUUAACUACUGCUUAUCGCAUAAUUUAUCCGAACAUGUCCACCCCUGUCAUCUGGAAUAAAAAAGAGCCACCUCAUAUACAUUUGUAUACCGUUACGAAAGCUGGAAAGAAAUUGACUCGAAUAGCGGAAUUGGAAGAUUUUCACAUUAAUCCAGAUUCAUUUUCUAAACAACUGAAAGUACAUUUAGCCUGUUCAGCCGGGAAAACAGAUGAUCAACAAUACCCGGGUAAAACUGUCAUUCAAGCCCAAGGUGUUCACCUUGUAGCCAUCUCGAAAUUACUUACAGAAUCGUAUUCAAUACCAAAGCGAUUUAUUAAAGGCUACACAGAACCAGAUAAAAAGAAGACAAAACUGCGACGCAAGACAACACUAAACGGUUUUCUGCAUUAUACGUCCAGUGGUUCUAGAUUGCUUGGGGUUUUCUACUACUACUGUCUCCAGAUCGUAAACAAGACUGUAAACUAUUGGGUGAUGUUAAGAGGAAGUUUUCCGGGUCACAAAGUAACAAACAAAGAAGACAUUCUCUCCAACGAAUCCGUGAAGUUGUUUUGUUGACAGCGGAAUCACUUGAUACACGUAAAAGUAGUGGGCCGAAGUGUUUUACAAUCUUUGGGGAAAAACAUAUUGAAGAGUAAAUAUCUCAGAAUAAAUUUAUACAAAGAAAUGACGAAAUUUUAUUUUAUAUGGCAUGCACGCACAGUGAGUGCUUCGAUGGGAAAUGAAAAAGGGAAUGAUCACAUCAAACAAGAAUAUCAAGCCACAGACUGAAAUGUAAACCUUUUGAUUAAGCGCCAUUAGAUUACUAGUCUUAAAAAUAUCGGGUGGAUGAUUAUCGCAUCGGUAGCUCGAAGCGAAAGCUACUGGGUUAGAGUCAUGGUGUAAACACCAGCAUUGGAAUGCAGGUACACCCAACUGACGAAUCCCAAAAGGGACGAAAAGAAUAUCCCGAUAUCUACAGUUAGCCACUGUAAAAUCCCAAUUAAUACGAAAUGGUAUGCUUUACUAGUUUAUAUUAAUAUUACUACUUCUCAUUUAUUUUGCCUUCAUUAACAUUAUUUUUUUCCUACUGUUAGUGAUACUGUUGGUUUAGUAACAGUUUAUUUAAAUUUGAUUCUUCAUUAAUUAUGCAGACAAUGAAUACACGUCUAUACUAUGUUUCGUCAUUUGUUUAUGUUUAAUUGUAUUACACUGAAAUUUCUACAUAACUAUAAAACCGUAUAUUCGAAAUAUAAAAUAUCAUAAAAAUUUUAAAAACCGAGAUAUUUUUGGUGACGAACUCAUAUUUCUAUUACUGAAUUUUAAAGUGUCGAUAGAAUAGAAGACACGCUUUUAACUACUGUGCACUAGAGAGGGUGAUUUGACAUUCGACCACUGGGUCGCAGAUUUGAAC